GAGAGAAGCAGCUUGGAUGAGAAGCGGGAAGAGGAGGGAUUGAACGGCAGUGCCAGCUCGUCCAGCACGGGCAACAUUGUUGAGAGAAACAAUGGUCCGCUCCCGCCGCUCGAUGUGAGGACAUAUUGGAGCUACGUCCGAGGAGAGGUUACCAGAGAUGUGCGAUAUGGCUUUUGCAACUUGGCGCUCUUCUACGUGCUCAUCAACAACUCAGUAUGUCAUUGCUCUACCGCAUGCUGCGUGAUCGUGUUCAUUGCGACUAAUUUCUCCAGAUCUUCGUCAGCUACAAAAUGGCUGACCCCGGUACGAUUCAACUCACCAAGAGCGGUGUUACCUUCAUCACCGCCCUGGUCAUGAUUGCGACUUUGAACACCAAGAUCUCCAAGAUCCAGUGGAUUGCCAUUCUCAUGCAGAUUUGCGGUUUGAUGGUGACCCAGUACAACCCCACGACGGGCACGACCUACCCGUUCAGCACCUACUUCAUCCUACUGUUCCAGGUCUUCCUGAGUGCCUCAUCAGGCGUGUACAACCAGGCCCUGCUCAAGACCGAUGACUCAAGCUUGCACGCCGACAACAUGAUCCUUUACGGCGCAGGUGCUGCGAUGAACUUGUUGUGCCACUUGGUCAUCAAGACGUUGAAGGCCGAUGAGCCGGGAUUCUUUGAGGGUUAUACCAGCUUCGGCGCCAUCAUGGUUAUUGUGAGCAAUGUCUUCAUCGGUCUUGCCAUUACCGCUGUAUACAAAUACGCCGACGCCGUCAUCAAGUGCUUCGCCACGGCUGUUGCGACUGGUAUUCUCCUCUACGUUUCACCCAUCCUGUUCGGCACCUCGCUCAGCUUCCUCGUACUGCCUGGUACCGUCGUCGUUUUUGUUGCAUCAUGGCUCUACAUGGACAACCCGCCUCCCAAGGACCCCAAUGCUACCGCGACCAAUGAGCCUCAGAAGAUGUCGUUGUUCGCCAAGAUGGCAGCUGUCGCGAGGAAGUUCAACAAGAUCUUCCUCGCCGUAGCGACAUUCAUCACCGUCGUGAUCGUGGCGUUCCUCACCAUGUCCGAGGCCAAGAUGCCCGAUUUCGCCAAGGAGGGAGCAUCUGCUCCGUCUGCGCCGUCUGGGCCGAAGCCUGUCACCGGCGGCGAGAGCAAGAUCGAGUCGCCAUUCAAGAACACGAUGGCCAUGAUUCGGUGGAACUCUGCCCGUCCGGAGCGCGUCCCGAUGUUGCAGAAGUACGAGCCGUUCUUCCACACCGUGCACAUUUCCAUGCCCAACAUGUUCAAGGAGGAGGAUCCCGAGUUCCACAACCUUACCCACGAUCAAUUCCCGGGAACCUUCACCGUCUACAAGCAAGUGUCUCGUACUAUGAAGCUCAUCCUCGACACCCAACCUGAGAUCGACGGUUUGAUGUACUACCACUUCGAUGCCUGGAUUGACCCUCUUGGCUGGACGGGUAUGAACCCAUACAACAUCCACUUCCCCGCCAUCAUCGACACCGCCCCGCCGUCCCACGGUGGACCCGAGUACAUGUGCCUUACCGAUACCAAGAACUACAACUGGUGGGGAUGGGGCCAGGACUUCCACCGCACCGCCAUGGCCGCGGCUGCCGUCGUUGACAACUUUGACCUCGAGUACAAGAUCAGACGUGACGAGUGGUGUGUUGGCUGGAGUGAUAUUUACUACAUUCCGAGACGCUUCUUCGCCGAUUACAUCUUCCUUUCCGAAAUCUUCGCUGGUUUUGGAGUUUUCCACGAGGUGGCAAUUCCCACAAUUGUCCGUAUCAUCGACCAGAGUCGCCGCCGCAACCCUUACCGGUCUAUCAUUGAUCACAUCAGUGACUGCUGGGGCCACUGCUGCAGCUCCAACCCCAAGAUCCGCGAUGUUCUUGGUGCCCGCUGCGGCCACCGUCUCAACUACUUGGAGGAGGCACCUACUAAGGCAUUUUACGACAAGCUUGAUGCUCAGGCAUCGAUUCUCGGCCACCCUCUCAACUCGACCAGGUAUGCCAUGUCCAGCGCUGAUGCCGCCCACCUAUUCGACAGCGCAGCCCUGGCGAGCAUCAACAACGGCGAAGCCAAGAAGGUCAAGCCGAUUAACGAUGAUGCUCUGGAGGACGAUCAACGGGCGGACAAGCUGGCGGCCGACAAGUCCAGCGAAGAGAAGGAUAAGCUGAAAUCCGAGCACGCUCCCGUUGAUAAAACGGAGAUGCCCGGUAAUCCCAAGGCCGACCCUAGCAAGAUUGCUACACCCAAAGAAAACAAGGAGGUGCCAAAGAAGGAGGAACAUAAAGAGGAGCACAAGGACGAGAAGAAGGAAGGUGACAAGAAGGUCGAUCCGAAUGACGCCCUCAGGGAAGCAGAUCGGGAGGCGGACGUCAAGCGGAUGCUACGACGUGAAGUUGUGGCCGCUGUUGCCGGACUCGGUUAUUAACCUCAUAUACCCUUACAUUUCUUUCCUUUCCUGUAUUCUUUCUUGUAACCCCCCUCGACGAUACUCUGUUCGACGAUGCCAAAGCAACCUGAGGAAGACUUUGAGCAACGAAUCGAACGGCCUGAUCUAGGUUGGGCCACUACCAGAGGGG